GUCACUAGUAAGUCAACUACAACGACUCAUCACUGACAGAGCCGCUUCUCAUCAGUAGAAGGAUUGAAGCGGACCAUUUAAGAGAACACGCGAAAGAUGUUCGAAAUUAAAAGAAUCUGUUGCAUUGGUGCCGGCUACGUGGGAGGCCCAACAUGCAGUGUGAUAGCCCAAAUGUGUCCAGAGAUCACCGUGACUGUUGUCGAUAUCAACGAGUUCCGAAUCAAUGCCUGGAACUCAGACACGCUUCCCAUAUAUGAGCCUGGCCUGAAAGAGGUGGUUGAAUCAUGCAGAGGGAGGAACUUAUUUUUUUCCACAGACAUUGACUCAGCCAUUAGGGACGCUGACCUUGUUUUUAUCUCCGUAAACACCCCCACCAAGACCUACGGCAUGGGGAAAGGCCGUGCCGCCGAUCUCAAGUAUAUUGAAUCGUGCGCUCGGAGGAUUGUGGAGGUAUCUGAUGGCUACAAGAUAGUCACAGAGAAAAGCACUGUCCCGGUGCGAGCUGCUGAGAGCAUUCGCCGGAUCUUCGACGCAAACACCAAGCCUAGCCUCAACCUACAUGUGUUGUCCAACCCUGAGUUUCUUGCUGAGGGAACAGCGGUGAAGAAUUUGAAGGAGCCUGACCGCGUCUUGAUUGGUGGAGAUGAGACACCAGAGGGUCAAAGUGCAAUCAAAGCAUUAUGUGCCGUGUAUGAACACUGGGUGCCCAAGGCCAGAAUCAUCACCACUAACACGUGGUCAUCAGAGCUGUCCAAACUGGCAGCAAAUGCAUUCCUAGCGCAGCGAAUCAGCAGCAUCAACAGUAUCAGUGCGCUGUGCGAGGCCACCGGGGCUGAUGUGGAGGAGGUCGCUAAGGCCAUUGGCAUGGACCAGAGAAUAGGCAGCAGCUUUCUCAAAGCCAGCGUGGGUUUUGGUGGAAGCUGUUUUCAGAAGGAUGUCCUCAAUCUGGUUUAUUUGUGUGAAGCCUUAAACCUGCCUGAGGUCGCAUCCUACUGGCAACAGGUGAUUGAUAUGAAUGAGUACCAAAGACGUCGGUUUGCCUGUAGGAUCAUUGACUGCCUCUUCAACACAGUGACAGGCAAAAAAAUUGCUCUGCUGGGCUUCUCUUUCAAAAAAGACACUGGAGACACGAGAGAGUCAUCCAGUAUUUACAUCUGCAAAUAUCUGAUGGAUGAAGGGGCGAAACUAUUCAUCUAUGACCCAAAAGUUCUUAAACAGCAAAUUAUUCAGGACCUUAAACAGCCCAGCAUCUCCGAAGACAAACCUGAAAGAGUUUCAGAGCUGGUGACAGUGACCACGGACCCUUACGAGGCUUGCAAGAGUGCACACGCAUUAGUCAUCUGUACCGAGUGGGACAUGUUUAAGGAACUGGAUUAUAAGAAGAUUUACAAAACCAUGCUCAAGCCAGCCUUUAUAUUUGAUGGUCGCAGAGUGCUGGACCACCUCCACGCACACCUUCAGGACAUCGGUUUCCAGAUUGAAAUCAUCGGGAAGAAACUGGCUGCAGCACGAGUUCCUUACACUCCUGCUGCUGUAUGUCCCCCCAUUAAUGCCAAUGAGCCUUCUGUCAAGAAAGCCAAAGUUUAAAACUGUUUGCAUGCAAUGCAUUCCACCUCCAACCGUUUGACAAAUUCAACAGCAAUGUCCAAUGGUAGCUCCUGAGUUACUUUGCUGUCAAAUCCUGCCUUAAAAUCUAUAGCGAGUCAUACAAGCCAUAUGAGUUAAGGCUCCGCUGUAGUGGGUUGACAAGUUCAAUCUUCAGUCUCGAAUUUUUAUUUACGUUUAAAUCUUUCUAAACACACUAAUGUAAAUUCAUUCCUAUGAUAUUGAUCAAGCAAUUUUACAUGUAGUCAAUUAUAGGUGCACAUUUCACCAUUUUAAGUAUCAUUCCAGCUGUUAUUUUUGUACAAUUUUAUAAUUUUUUUAAUAAAUCAUAAUGCUGUACGUGUCCGCUGUAUAUAAAGGGCAAAUGCAAUAAAAUCAACAAUUCCUGAAUGAGUAAGUCUUUAAUUUAAAAAAUAUACCACUUCAAAUAAAAUGUUAUGAGUCUAGGUAUAUAUCUGGAGUGCUCAAACUUUUACAUGCCGCUGUGUAGUUGGAUGGGAGUUGGAAGUUUGGUCACACAAGAUAUAGCAGUUUUCAUGGUACUUAAAAAGUGUCGAAAACACUAUGAUUUAUGGUACAAAGAUAUUACAAAAGUACAUCUGAAAUAACAUGUACAAAUUAUAACAGAAAUUCAUUGCAGACAUUGGCUUCUUUAAAUAUUGUGCAUUCCAAAAGAACAUGUUGAAAUAACCCUACCAGCAGCAGCAGUGGCAAGCAUCAAAAGUGUUCUUAAAUACAUUUAAAAUGGUGGGGAUGGGAUGUGAUUAGAAGUAGGGAUGCCCCAAAAAGUGCGGCCAAAAGUUUGUUUCGAAAUGAAACUCUUUUGCUAUUGAAAGAAAACAGGAAACAGUCUGGCUUCUCAUUGUUUGUGCAUUCUGCAGUCUACUGUUCUUAAUUUUCUCUGAAAAAUUUCCACACUUGAGGCAGUUGCACCUAGCAGCACUGAUCUACGGGUGACUCCCAAAUUCCCAGUGAAAAGGUUUUACAGGAGUAUAGACUUCAGAGGGGAAAAUCAUCCUAAUUUUACUCCAUUGUAUGUUUUAUUUUCUAAAAUAUAUACCGUACAUGCGGAGUCUAUUUCUAUUUACAGUAAAUUAUUUCACUGAUUUUCACUGAUUCAAAUGUGCCAGGAGCUCACAUUCCUGCAAGUGCUGCAAAGUGCAAAAAAUCAUCCAAGCAAAUAAUUAUUAAUUAAAAAGAAAAAAUCAUGUAUUGUAAUGUAUUUCAGUGUUUUGGAUUUUGUUUCUUCAUCUCACUUUUGGCUGAGAAGUUUAAUUUCAGUGCAUCCCUAAUUAAAGGUCCCUGAGCUGCAAAGAAUGCAGCUUUAUUUUCUCUGCAUGGACAGUUGACACCUAGGUAGUCAUCUAUAUACCUGCUGGCCUCUCCCCGCUCAUCUUCUCUUUAAUUAUCUCUUGAAAUAGUCCAUGAUGGAUGUUGUGUUUUCAAGCUCACUGCCCCCUUCUAUUAUUUUUUUUUUAAAGUCACUUUGGUGUGCAUUUUAUUUUCUGAAAAUGUUCUGCAUUGUGUGUAUGCUGCAGUUUGAAGCGAUGCAUUGUGUCAGCAAUGUAUAUGUGUUUAUAGAGAGCUGCCAGGUUUGUUGCGCUUCAUUCUUCUAUGACAGCUUCUGCUUUUUUCUUCUUAAGCAAAUUCUUCAGGAAGAACUCUCCUGUAGAGUGGAGACAAAUGGUUAACUCAUUCGUGCAGGAAUUAACCAUUUCUUUUCAGUAAAUGUUUUUAUUACAUUCAUAUUGGACGGGGGUCUCAAAAUUGCGGCCCAAAGGCCAAUUCCGGCCUAUGGCACGAUAUUGUGAGGCCACUAUUUGACAUCCAAUUGUAGUAGUAGAAAUAGUUUCGGCCACAUGUAAUUUGCAAUGGGAGAUAAAUAUAUUUUAUAUAAAUAAUUGUAAAUAAAAUAAAUGAAAUCAUUGAAGGAUCCACUUUGGAAAAACAAUUUAAAGAGACUGUACAGAGUUGUCCCUUUCUAACUCGAAACUGCUACCUCCGGCAUGAAGCGUAACUGCAGCUUGUGCAUGGUGCGCAUGCUUGUACGAGCACGAACACAAAGCAACGAGCGUUUUGCCCAUAAAAUCAUUUUUAAAAAAAGUUAGUAGCAAGUCUCAAGUGGGUUAUAAAAGUGUUUUUGCAAAGCAGAGACUAGGCGCAGCCUCUGUAAAACAGCGCUGCUGCUGCGGGGACGUGUGUGGACGUGCACAAGCGCGUGUUCACCUUCUAUUAAAGGUAGGGUUGUUCCAGGGGCGGACUGGGACUAAAAAGCAGCCCUGGACUUUGACUCAGCCCAGCCCACAAGAAUCGCUAUACGAAGGGAAACACAGAUCCCCUAGGGGGGUCCGGGGGCAUGAAACCCAACCAACCCCCCCGGGGGAAAAUUUUUUUUUUUUUACAUUUUAUUGUAAAAUGCAUUAAUUUCGUGCACUUUGAGAGAAAAUGAAGAAAAUGUGUCUAGACUGUUACUGUCUGACUUGGGGCGCUCAAAGUACUGCAAGGCUGAACUGGAGUUGGGUUCAUUUUCUGUACUAGCUCUAUGCUCAACCUGAAUAAACAAAUGAAAGAAUUUAUUUUUCAAAUCAAGUUUUAUGUAUCCAAUUGAUUAUAAUAUAUCUCUAUAUAUCUCUGUCUCUAAAAUGAUUUCAUUUUUUAUGCCACAAUUCAGUGGUCUCCAAACUAUUCCACAUAGAGCCGCAGCGGGCGCAGGAUUUCAUUCCAACAAAACAAGACAACACCUAUGCACCAAUCUGGUGUCUUACAAGUGUAGUCAGUUGAUUGCAGUCAGAUGCUGCUUGUUUUAGCAGAAACUUCAUUGGUUAAACUGUCGCUACUCGAUCGGUUGAAACAAAAACCAGGCUCCACAGCGGCCCAUGAGGACCGGUUUGGAGACCCCUGUCAUAAUUAAUCUUGCCAUACAAAUAAUAAAUUUCAAUGAAAAUACAAUAAACACUUCAAGACAAAUCCUGUAUACAUAACCUUCAUUGGAAAGUAUUAACCAGAAAACAAAACGAUAUAUAAAUGACUAAAAAUAUAUAUCAUAUCAAUUUAACUACCUAAACUUUAAACUAAAACCAAUCUUUUUAUUAAUAUUUUGUUAUAUUUCUUCUGAAUUAAUAUUGCAGCUGCGUGUGCAUACGUUGUUUUACAGCUAAAAUAUUUUUUCUUAGGAGAGUGAUAGUAGGACUAGCAUGCUCUAACUUGACACGAUUGCAGAUGGACUAGCUGGCACUAACCCUUUAACUGUCAUUUAUUCCAUUUAAAAUGUAGCUACCUGGUGGAUAACAAUUGGCAGUAUACCGAGCAAGUGACCCUCUUCAUCCCUUUUUACUUGCCCUGCGCUUGUCUGGGGAACUUCCACCAGCUUAUCAUUAACCCCUCUCUCUUCUUUUCUCUCUCCCCCUGCACCGGCUGCACGCCAGAGCGGCUGCCGCUCCCCCUCUCACCAUCGCCGGGGGCUGGGCUGCUGUUACCCGACGUGGCCGUUGCAGCCAGACUGCUGCUUGCGAAAAUAUUUGUCAACUUAUGACAUUUUUAUGCUUCGCCCUCCAGUUUCUUUAAUUUUUUUUUCUCCCUAACCUUCUCCGCGCCACCCUUCUCUUUUCUUUUUUUGUCACCACAUCCACAUUAUGCAUUAACGCUUCUCGCUAUUUUGCUUCCACAAGGAACCAAUGAAGGCUACUCUGUGCUUUCUUCGUUCUUCUAUAAGACUGGCGAUUGCUGCCACCUGUCGGAUUGGAUGCGAACUGUAGAUAAUCAGAGGCUAGGGGGGAUAAAAACAGUCAUGUAUAAUGAAUGGCGGCCGCCGGCCGUUCUGUGAUCCUCCAGAACCCACAGAUUACCAGUCCGCCCCUGGGUUGUUCCGAUCAUGUUUUUUUGCUCCGAUCCGAUCCCGAUCGUUUUAGUUUGAGUAUCUGCCGAUCCCGAUAUUUCCCGAUCUGAUUGCUUUUUUUUGCUCCCGAAUCAAUUCCAAUCAUUCCCGAUAAUUUUUCCCGAUCAUAUACAUUUUGGCAAUGCAUUAAGAAAAAAAAUGAAUAAAACUCACGCUUAACGCCCUCCGCUUAAAAUAAAGUUACACGACGUCACUUCCAUGUUCCAAGUUUUUUUCGGUGCCACACUUUGUGAGUGCGACAAUAAAUGGCAGGGGAGGAUGUUUGUUGUGAUUAUGAACCAAUCUUUAAACCAAAACUAAAGACUCUGGAUGAGUGUAAGACAUUUUGUCUGUAACGUUAAAUACAAUUAGAAAACGAUUUAAUUAAAAAAUAUAUAUAUAUUUUAAAAAAGGCCUGUCCGAUAUUUUUUUGCCGAUUCCGAUACUUUGAAAAUGACGUGAUCGGACCCGAUCGAUCGGGACAUCUCUAAUUAAAGGUAAGGAAAAGGGCUUUAAGGGGCAGUCUCUGUUAAUACGUCAAGUCUCUGUGUACUCAUCAAGGCGUUGGUGGCGCAUACAUGGAGUAGAAAAGUAUUUGAAUUAACUUUUAAACUCCCUAAAUCCCUUACAGGCCCUUUAAAUAGCAAUUAAAACAAAAAAUGCAAGUAAAAAAGCCAUUAGUAGUAAAGAAAAAAAAGGUAAAUAAUUCUAAACAUUUUUUCAAAAAUAAUUAAAAAAAUAAAAAGUGAAAAUUUCUAAUUUAAUUUUUUUUUUUUUCCCAAAUAAAAGUGGCUCGUGUGUAUUUUGGUCAGGGAUUUUUUUUUUUUUUUUAAUCGCUUGUGACUUCACAUAGCUUAACUCUGGCUGCCACUGGUGGCAAUAGACAUCCAAUUUUACUGGGAGGGACUGGAAGUGAUCAAAUGAUUGCUUGGACAGCUAUUGCUGUUAUUUCAAUGGGUGUUUUCAUUUUCAAUAUCGAUUUGCUGCUUAUACUAAUUACCACAAUACAUACAUACAGUAUGGGAAAACCCAUUUGCAGUGUAUCAAAUACUUGUUCUCCCCACUGUACAUGGCCUGGGCUAGCAGUGAAUUAGUUAGGCUAAUGAUAACUUUUGAAUAUAUAUCCACCGACGGGAUCACUGUCCCUGAGAGGGUUCAUUCAUAAUUCAGUAUCACUUCAAUAAAAAUGUGAUCCAAAUUUGGUCUUCUUGCAUUCCCAAGCCUCAUUUCUCACCUGCUUUGUAGGAGGAUCGAACCAGUGGCCCACUGGCAGUGUAGACAAACCCCAUGUCAUUGCCGACUUUCUCCCAAUAUGCAAACUUCUCUGGAGUUACAUAUUCUUCCACCUAAGUCCACAUACAAAUUUAUAGUUGACAUAAGGUCAAAUACAGUUUGGAUUGCUCUGGACUGCAUAUAUGUACUGUACCUUUAAGUGGCGUUUGGUGGGUUGCAUGUACUGUCCCAGUGUCAGGCAAUCCACUCCAGCUUCACGUAGCUCUGGAAAAUAAAAAAACUGUGUGACCUCCAAUCCUUUCAAACAAAAUAUCAAAGAUUUUCAGUGCACCUACCGUUAAGUGUAUUUUGUAUUUGUUGGUCAGUCUCUCCCAAUCCCAGCAUUAUAGACGUCUUGGUAAGUAAAGUAGGUUUGGCCUCUUUGGCGUGUUUCAGAACACUCAGGGAUUGGUCAAAGUUGGCUCUAGGGUCUCGGACAUGCCUAGAAUGACAGAGUGGGCGUGUUAAAAAGGCAGCUUUACCAAGCAUUUUAAAAAAAAAAAGAAAAGAAAAAAAAAAAGUAAAAUGAAUAUUAUAGGUCUUGGAGUUUCACCCCCUGAACAAAAAUGUGAGGUCUACUUUUCAUUUAUUAACUUACUUUCGCAGUUACACCACUGGUAAAAUGCAUUCACUGUAGAUAAAUGUGCUGUAUAAGUACUCUCCAUUUACCAUUGUACCAUAUUCAGUGGUUUUUAUUUUUAUAUACGAGUUCUAUCAACCUGAGACAAAUUCAUUUGUAAUUUUCUAUAUUUCAGAGUGUGUACUUUUUCUACUUCUACUGAAAGGUAACCUUCCAUUUCUAACCUUUCAUGUCAGGUUCACAAGACAAACUGCAAAAAUUUGAAUUGGACACAAGGUCACCUUUAAGCAAAAGGGGUUGCAUUAGUAAUAUUUACCUCUGCAGCUCACGGACCGUCUCCACGUUGUGCGCGUAUACAUCCAGACCUGACAGGGCGAUCUUCUCAACUGCUGCAAGGUCACCCCGGAAAUCAGGUGUCAGACAUUCAACCAGGAUCUGAGGAUUCCUAAAUGAAGCUUUUACUGUGGACAUACUGACACACAUUAACAAGCUGAACGUGAAGCUACAAGGGAAACACAAGUUUGUUCGUGAAAUGCAAGCAAACAUGUCCCUUCUCACACGACCCGGAAACGGCGCCACAGGAGUUGCAGUUGGAACUGAUUAUCUCCAAUGUGACAUGGUGUUAAAGGACAAGUUCAACUCCUUGAAACUGGAUGAGUUUUAUGCUUCAUUAAGUGCAGCCAAAUUUCCAAACAUUAAGAAGAUGGCACAGAGGAUGCUGUUGUUAUUUGGCUCUACAUAUGUGUGUGAACAGACUUUUAGUGUGAUGAACACCAACAAAGCACCCCACAGAUCCCAGAUGAGUGACGAACACCUCAGAUCUGUUCUGAGAAUUGCCACAACAGAAAUACCACCAGACUUCGAUGCACUGGCUAAAAUGGGUGAUCAACAACACUGUUCUCGUUAAAAGGAGAGAUGAUGACGCUUCAUCAAGUUCAUUUACCUUUCCUUCAGGUGAGAAACAGUCUUGGCGAAAUGCUCCGCCCCUCCAUCGGCAAUAUCUACCAAUGUCAAAGCAAGUGAGCACCACAUAGUCCAAGCCCCAUGCAACAAUGGCCUUUGCAGUGUUGUAGGGCUCUUCAGGGUCCAGAGGCGGUGGCAGACGAGCAGUCUUGACAGAACAAAAGCGGCAUCCACGGGUGCAUGUGUCUCCCAUAAGCUGGCCACGAGGAGAUAACGAACAAAACGUCAUAAACAACCUCAAGCAGCAUCACUGCACUUUCUAUUACUUCAAGAAAGCAUAUAGUAAAUGAAUUCUUUUCAUCCAUUGCGCGUUGGCAACGUAGAUCUUUUCAAACGAUGCAUUAAAAAAUGUAUACAAGUAUGUGUCCAAGUUGCAUGUUACAGACUGACCAUGAUGGUGGCUGUGGCUGUAGAAUACUCUCCUCCUCCCCAGCAUUCCCCAAUGUUAGGACACCUGGCUUCCUCACAUACCUAAAUGGGAUGAACUAAACUUAUAUAAAUUCUUGACAACUUAAUGUAGAGGGUCCAUUUAUUUCUACUUGCAAAUUGAUCAAAAUUUCUUUGUUAUACUUUGUGUAGCUUACAGUAUGAAGGUUGAGGUCUCUAAGAGAGUUCUUCAGCCUGUUGUAGUUUCUACCAAUAGGGAUUUCAGUCUUCAGCCAAGGGGGCAGCCGAAGCCUGCGAGAGGGAUUUUUAAAGCAGUGACAAGCAUUAAUAGGCACCGAUAUAGAAUGCUUUGAGGCUGUAAUGCAUUAUUAACAGACAUUAUUGUUCUUGAUUUCUAUUCAUAAUGUAAUUUCUGAGAUAACCGCCAUAUCUAAAUCCUCUCAUUCUUAAAAGAACUUGAACUGCUGAAUGUCAGCGCAUAGAAUACAUUCUGAUUUUUGAAACUCCUACACAAACCUGAAUAAAUGUUUUAUAUGUACCGUAUUGGCCCGAAUAUAAGACACGUGUUUUUUGCAUUGAAAUAACACUGAAAAAGAGGGGGUUCUCUUAUAUUCGCGGUCUAGAAAUUAUACCCAUUCACGACGCUAGAUGGUGCCAGAUAUUAUUGAAGCGAUGUUCUGACAUGACAGAUCUCGCUACUCUCCCCAUUCACGACGCUAGAUGGCGCCAGAUAUCAUUGAAGCGAUGUGCUGUCAUGACAGAUCUCAGCUGCUCUUUUUAGUUUAACCAGUUUGCAUUAUUUUAUUGCAAUGUUUUUCCUUAUUCAGAUUUGUUGCAAGACUACAGUUAUAGUUAGACUUCACUUUGAUGGUGAAUGCAGUUAUUGCAAUUUUGUUGUUUUAUCACAAUAGAUUGGUUUAUUUACAUUUCAAAAACCAGAAGCCAUUCAUUUACAAAUGUGAUUGCACUUUAGUUUAAAUAUUUAAAUGUUCAGAUAUUAAGAUUUGAAUGACGCAAAAUAACAUGCUUUUUCUCUCAAAUAUAUUGUUAUAAUCAUCUGUUUCGGAUGUACUGUAAUUAUUUUCUGUAUAAAAAUUAAUUUGGUGUUCAAAAAGUCUUUUUUCAAACUUGAGUCUUGAAAAAAGGGGGUCACCUUAUAAUCAGGGCCGUCUUAUAUUCGGGCCAAUACGGUAUAUUAGAAAUCAAUCGGGGUUUUAUUAAGAUAAUAAUGAGCGGUGUUGUUAUAACAGUGUUAGAGUAUAACGGGGUUACUAACGGUGUUAUUUUUGUCACUAGUAAGUAAUAGAAUUAAUUACUAUUCCCAUCUUUGCAACACCGUUACUGACGAUGUGAAGGCACGUGUUACUACAAUUUGGUUGAAUCACAGGCGAGAUGUCUGAGAGACACGGAAAGAGCAGAGCGGGAGGGGGGCGUGGGGAAGGGAGUUGUGACUCCGUUGCAAACGCGAUGCUAGGUGGCUCGGAUUAGCAUUUAGCGUGGCGAGCGUCAUCUUAAACUCCGGCAUUUUUUUUUUUUUUUUUUUUGUUAAAGUACACUUUGUGGCGUUCAGGUAGGUACAAUUAAUUGAAAAUAAGGGACUGUUUGCCUGUUGAGUAUAUAUCAUCAUCACCAUGUGCGCGUUAAUCCUUGUAGAUGCUACAAUAUAAUUUUUAUUUUUUUUCAUUACCAAAAAUAGUCACUUGCCCUACAUUUUCUUGAACAACGUAUCCAUAAACCUUGUGUGAUCUUUUUUUUUUUUUUUAAUAAAACAACUACAGCAAAGUAGGAGAUGGAAGCGAUUCAGAGCCUCACCUGCAUAUUGAAAAAUAUUUCUCUCCAGAAUAUUUGUGACAGUACACAGAAGUCAUGGUUCAGUACGUACCUCGGUACAGAGGUCACGGUUCGGUGCGGAUUCAGUUCAACAGGAAAAACAAAAAGGCUUUUUUUCUCACAGCAUUUGAAUGUUAAAGUUUGUAUAACAUUACACUCUUAUGUAGGUGACAUUUU